AUGACCAAUGCGGACAUGUCGUCAGCGGGCCGGGUCUACCAGAAUCCGAGCGCACCUCGCGAGCUUUGGUUCAACUUCGGCUGGUAUAUAAAAACCAUGCAGAAGUUCCCUCGUUACGACGCGCACUGGAUGGGUGAUUUCACCAAUGAAGGUCACUACGAUGAGAUUGCGUCGAACCUGACAAAGAAGCUAGCUCACUCCAACAUCGGUGAGACCCACGACGAGCUCGGCGAGAAAGCAGGGAAAUGCUGCGUCAUGACAUGUUGUUUAUGUUGCCCGUGCAUCACCUGUUGUUUGUGCCUCCAAAAACACGGCAUCUUGGCAGAACAAGCCAAGCUCAGCGCCUUCUUGGCCCACUUCUUGGUGAUUCACGGCAUUAAGCUCAACAUGCGCAUCGAGUUUGUGGAGCAGAAGUCUGGCGAGGUGGGGCCAACAUGGUACGACUCCAAGAAGGAACCUCUCCGGCUCGUUGCCUUCGACCGGCAGUUUGGGGGUCCGCCCCCCGGAUGCAACCUUGUGAUCAUCACGGACACGGCGGUUCAAUGGCCUCCUCCUCCUCCGCCUCCUCCUCCUGUUGAUCCAUCCAAGGCCGCGGAGCAGCCCACAGGGGCAGUCACCGGUGCCGUCAAGGGGGCCGUCAGUUGGGUGAAGGGUGCCGUCAAAGGUGCCGUUGGUGGAGCCAAG